AUGCGCAGAGGUUUUCAGCUCAUAAGCUAAGAGCCAGCUCUUCAGAAGAGACAUCCGGAUCCAUUCAAACUGAAGAGCUACUAGCCGAUUUGAAACAGAAGUGGGAUUCUAUUGAGAACAAGCCCACUGUUUUUGUCUAUGGUGGAGGUGCCAUUGUUGCUCUCUGGUUGUCUUCUAUUAUUAUCAGUGCUAUCAACUCUGUUCCUCUGCUGCCGAAACUUAUGGAGCUGAUCGGGCUUGGUUACACCGGAUGGUUCGUGUACCGUUAUCUGUUGUUCAAGUCGAGCCGAAAAGAGUUAGCAGAAGACAUUGAAUCUCUGAAGAAGAAGAUUGCAGGGACAGAAUAGAUAGAAAAGCCUGAAAAAAUUGUCAAACUUUCUUGUACAACGAAUUCUAAGUUUGUGUAGUGUUUAAAUUGCUUGUGAUUCUUGUGCUUACUUGUUUCUUCUUUUUUUCCUUUGUGCGCCAUUGAAUUCUUCAAAUUUGCAGAUUUUGUGGUUAAAA